CUCGCCUUGUGGCAGGUCGCUGUCGCUCGCCGAAUCGGGAGAGUCCGCCCCAGUCACAGUACACGGAGUCAGGCGCCGUAACGACGUGAAAUUUCAGUUAAAGAUUUGAAAGUGCCAACGCCUCGUUGGAGAUACAAUCCAAAGGGCCAAAGAUCGUCGUCGGAGGAGCUUCUUGGCAGUUCGCGGCGCUGCAUUGGCGCCACUGCCAGCGUAACGACCGAGUUGUCGGCCAAGGACGCAAGACGCAGGAUGCAUUGCAGUCUACUCCACCCAUAAAUUGCAAUUAAACAAGAGCCAACGAGAGAGAGAGCCGAGCUGAGCCGGACACCAGCCACAGAAAUAACACCAAGAGAAAUAACAAAACAAAAACGCUUAACUUUGCUGGCAAGGGCGGCAAAAACCAAAACAAACAAAAAAAAAACGCGCAAUUGUUUUAUUAGUUGCAAAAACUUUUCCAUUUUUGUGGCAUUGUUUUGGUUGAAAGCUGAAACAAAAUGCCAGCGGGUCGUGUGGCUGGCAAAGCCGGCUACUCCAAUCACUACUACAAUGGUCGCUCGUACGUGGGCAUCAACGAGGAGAUCAUGUGGGUCAGCAUUGGGAUGGGCGUGACCAUAGCCCUGCUGAUAACGAUUGCCCUGUGCUACAUUGCUCGGGAGAAGUGCCAGAAGCGGCAGCGCGAGUACUAUGUGACCGCAUAGUUGUUGUAUGCU